AUAAUACUAUGAAAAAUAUAUUUGAAAUAGAGCUUCAUGAUUUUAUUAAUAAAAUUAUAAAUACCUUAUGCUCUGAGAAAAAUCAAGAAGUAAAUAAAAUAGAUGAACUAGUUGAAAAGCAAAAUAGUUUAUCAAAUAAAAUUAAAAAAUAUUCAAAUUGUUUUGAAUCAGAGAUUGAUAACAAAAAGCAAAAUUGUCCCAAAUGUAAUACUAAGCUACCAACACUUACUUCACUAAAUCAAGAAUCAUCUCUUUAA